AUGGGGCAAACAACCUCCGCAUCUAUUCCUUCCUCAGCUGACUCUGUAUCUCUUACAUCGGCAGCUGAAUCAUCUUCAGCUGCAUCUGCAUCUUUUUCAUCAUCAUCAACUCCUCAGUCGAGUUAUGACGUGUUUUUGAGUUUCAGGGGUCCUGACACUCGACAGGGUAUUGUUUUUGAAUUAUAUGACCGAUUGAAUAAUACGAGAGGAGUUAAAACAUUCAAGGAUGACUCAGACCUUGAAGUAGGAGAUGCCAUUUCUCCCACUCUCCUAGCGGCAAUCGAACAAUCAAGGUUUGCUAUUGUUGUUCUCUCAGAAAACUAUGCUGCUUCCACUUGGUGUUUGGAGGAACUUGCAAAGAUUUGUCAAUGCAUGCAAGACAAUAGAAUUCUUCCACUUUUUUAUCAUGUCGAUCCUACUGAUGUACGAUAUCAGAAGAAGAGCUUUGAAACUGCUUUUAAUAGGCAUGAAAAAUCCAGGCGACAUAAAACAGAGAAGGUGAAGCAGUGGAGAGAUGCUUUGAACAAAGUGGCCAAUUUCUCUGGGUGGCAUACACAAAAUUAUAAGGCUGAGAGAGAACUUGUAGACGCCAUUGUGGAAUUUGUCUGCAGUAAAGUACUGCCUGCUUCAAUUCAGUCCACAGGAGAUUUUCAUGCCUUUGAAGCAACAAGACAAGCCAUGGAUAAGGUUAUGAAGGCGCUAAAAGAUGACAAGAUCACUGUCAUUGCUGUUCAUGGCAUAGGAGGCGUCGGAAAGACGACCUUGGUGGAACAUGCUGGUCAAGAAGCUCAUAAUCAACGCCUUUUUAAUCAUGUGAUAAAGAUUGUGGUGACUCAAACCCUUGACUUGAGAAAAAUUCAAGGAACAUUGGCAGAUGGUCUAGGCAUCACAUUGACGCAAGAUUCAGAAGAUGGAAGAGCUUCUAGAUUGAAUAAGGAAAUAAUGAGAAAAAACAAGCUCCUCAUAAUCGUGGACGACGUUUGGGAGAGGGUAGAACUGGCAAGCAUAGGGGUUCCCAACUAUGACAUGCUUCAGAGUUGCAGCUCCAAAGUCAUAUUCACCACAAGGAUACGGAACGUAUGUCAUGUCAUGGGUAGCCACGAAAAGAUCACCCUCAGUGUUCUGUCAGAAGAAGAUUCAUGGGCCUUGUUUGUGAAAAAUGCAGGAAGAUCAUUUGAACCGACCAAUUUUGAGGAUGUAGCCAAGAAGGUAGCGAGAGAGUGUAAGGGUCUACCAAUUGCAUUGAUAGCAGUUGCAAGGGCACUUGGAGACAAAGAACUGGUGGAAUGGAAAACAGCAGCCCGACGACUAGAGAAGUCGCAAAAUGCCAACCCAGACGACAAGGGAGUUGCUUCCGAAAGUGUAAAAUUAAGUUAUGAUUACUUGAAAGAUGAGGAGUGCAAGUCAUGUUUCUUGCUCUGCUGCUUAUUCCCAGAAGACAGUAGCAUCGAAAUAGAACAGUUGUUCAGGUAUGCCAUAGGGAAAGGAUUGUUUCGAGAUGCCAACACAAUCGAAGAAGCCAGAGGUACCGCAAAUUCAGUAGUCAACUACUUGAAAAAUUCUAGCUUGCUUAUGGAUACUGGACACCAUCAAUUUGUAAAGAUGCAUGAUGUCAUCCGGGAUACAGCCAUUCAAAUUGCGCAAUCUGUAGAUGGAUUUUUGGUGAAAGCAGGCUAUGGUUUGAGGGAUUGGCCUCGAUUACAUGAAGACUGCUCUGCAAUCUCACUAAUGGAGAAUUAUAUUCGCAAGCUACCCGGACGUCGGACUAGAAUUUCAUUACUACCCCAGUCGUUGAGUCUGUUAACCAACCUCCAAGUUUUCCUUUUAAAUAAUUGUCGGCACAUAAUUGAUAUUUCAAUUGUCGGAAAACUUGAGAAGCUUGAGAUUCUUAGUAUGAGAAGGUAUCCUAUGAAUGAGUUAUUGAGAGAAAUAGGAGAUUUGACCAGUCUAAGGAUGUUGGAUUUGACUGGCGGACACAUUUCCACAAUUCCAUCAGGAGUGCUAUCAAAGUUGAGUAACUUAGAAGAACUGUACAUUCCAGAUGGAUUUCAGGAAUGGGGGAGUAAAAUUGAGGGAGAAGAAGAAGAAACCAAUGCUAGCUUUGAAGAGGUAACUAGCUUGUCAAAUUUAAGAGUUUUGGAGGCUCGGUUAUCCAGUGUAGAUUGUCUCCCCAAAAAUGAAAAACUCAAUCCAAAUUGGGUUGAGUUUAGUCUACUUAUCGGCAGCAUGAUUAGGAAAUCGAAUAUUGGUGCGCAUGAUCAUAAUUCAAUAAUCUUGUCCCUUGAUGGAACCAUGAGCACCUUACCGAGGUGGUUUUUGAACGUGGUGAUGAACGGAGCAGAUAAGCUAGAGUUGUUCUGGUGCCAAGGGCUAAUUGACAUUUUCUCAGAAUAUGACCAUGGGAGGUUACAUAGACUCAAGUAUCUCUCUGUAAGGGGUUCGCCAGAGAUGAUGAACACAACAGUGACAACACCAUGGAUUCCAAAAGAACCUGUGUUCAAGAACCUAGAAGAGUUGCAUCUGGAUUAUCUGGAUUGCGGUUUUUGUGUUACUAAAUUACUACCGGGGUCUCUGUUCAAUCUAAAGUUGCUGAAGAUAGCACGUUGUUCUAACUGGGGGAAUGUACUUUUACCAUCAAAAUUGUUACAUAGACUACCAAAUCUGGAAAAACUAUUUUGUUACGAUGUGCCUGAAAUGUUAUAUGUGCUUGGAUGUGAAGGGUUAUUUGAGCCAGAACCAUCAAAAUUGAGUGACCUGCAGUUGUAUCGUCUAGCUGCACUAAGAAGCAUAUGUAAUGGACCUGCUCCACCUGCAAUGUUCCAAGCUCUUAAAAGUUUGUUACUAUUCCGGUGCAAUUUGCAGGGAAGUCUCUUCAGCAAUGAUGCUGCUCAAUAUCUUUUUCAAUUGGAAGACAUUUGUAUAGUCUUUUGCCCUCUUUUGGAAAGAAUAAUUGAAGCAAGUACCAAGCAGAACAUUCUUCCAAAAUUGAAGAACUUGACGUUGUGGAGACUUCCAAUGUUGUACUGUGAAAGUGCUAUUGAUAUCGAGUGUCCUUCAUUGGUACACCUGUUGAAAGAUAUCAAUCCCCUCAAUGACUUUGCUCAACUGGAAGCAAGAAGUUCAUGA